UUUUCCUGGCGCCGCGGUGGCGCCGCGGCGCAGGUGGAGAGGCCCGGCUGGACGGGGCUGCGGCUUCGGGCGCCGGGAAAUGGCGGCGGGGGGCAGGAUGGAGGACGGUUCGUUGGAUAUCACCCAGAGUGUUGACGACGACCCACUCCUGGACAUCCAGCACCUCCCACAUCCCUUAUAUGCUCACUUCAGACCCAGAUUCCAGCUUGUUCCCACAGUCUUCAUAGCAAACCUCCUUCUGUUCAUCCACGUGGUGUUUGUCGUUUUAGCAUUUUUAACAGGUGUGCUUUGUUCUUACCCUAAUCCAAAUGAGGACAAGUGCCCAGGAAACUUCACCAACCCACUCAAAGUUCAGACGGUCAUAAUCCUUGGAAAAGUUAUCUUGUGGAUUCUGCAUUUCUUUCUGGAUCGAUACCUUCAGUAUCACCACAGCAAAGUAAGAAAACGAGGCUAUCACCUGAUCUACCAAUCGACAAGGCAUCUAAAAAGACUUGCACUCACGAUCCACUCCGCUGGCAACACGGCUCUUCUCCUCAUACUAUGCAUUCAGCAUUCUCUUCCCGAGGCCAGCAGGUUAUACCUGGACCUCAUACUGGCCAUCCUGACCCUGGAACUGAUAUGUUCCCUGACAUGUCUGCUCAUAUACACAGGUGAGAACUAUAACUGUGCUGUUCCUGUCAAGAUCUGGAAGCGUGCUGUGCCAAGGCCAUAGGGGCUUGUUUGUGGAGACUCAGGCACGCUGGGGCGGGGGUGGGGCGGGUGGGGGCAUCUACACCCCAUAAACACUUGGGUUCCUUGCAGGACUGGUUCAAGUCUGGAAGAAAUUGUGGAGAAGCAGGGGGACAUCAUUUUGUACCUGAAGCGCCACAACGCACUCCUGAGUAAGCGGCUGCUGGCCCUCACGGCCUCGGACCUAGGCCCCCCGCCAAGCAGGACAUGAGCGGUCAGGCCCAAGACAGGAACUGCGGACUGGAGUGCUCAAGCCUCACAGCUGGGGGCCGAGAUGCCACUGGACAUGGCAGCUUUUGCCGAGGACGUUUUUUAAUUUUCCGUGGAAGCCUGAAUGUGGUUCUCUCAGCAUGGCUGAGUGACGUGUGACGAACUCGUGGCUCAUUUGACAAGUACUUUGUAGAAGCUAUGACAAGCCAAGGAAUAAUGACUCUUUUGCACAUUACAGAAUUAUUUAAAUGCCUAGUUUACCUUAGGAUUAAAGGUGGAGUUUAAACAUCUCCUAGGUCAACACUUCUUCCGUGUGACUGUAGACCCCUGUAAUAAUUGGGCCUUUUAUAGAGAAAGUCUGACGUGACGACCUAUUUUAGUGUUUUGUUCUUCACAUUUCGAGUAAUGAGAAAAGGUAUUUUUGUGGCUAACUUUUUUUACCCAAAGAGCCCUACCUUGUAUGUUGCAUGUUGUGAUGGCGUGUAAAGCUUGUCCUUACCGUAUAAACUGUUCUUGUAAGAACAGCAUCCUCGCGGAAGGAACACUCCGACUGUGUGAGUUACAGAGCAAACGCCCAAGCUCCCCACUCAAAUAAGAAAAAUGAGACGCAGGUGACGGGGACCAGCCUUAGCCUAACCAGUGCUGUGGGCACCAGCAGCAGCUUCCGUGGGCAACAGCUGAAAUAUCUAGCGAUGCCUUCAGGCUGCUUUAUUUGUGUGCUUGCUUCAGUACUGAUUAUCUUUAUUGGCCCAAUAUGUUCAGUGGUAGGAAAGGGAACUGUUGUGGCUUUGAGUUUGGAGAUAAGAUAUGAUAUAACCCGUGUGCCGAUAUUUACAUACCUAAACUUGCCAGAUAAAAUGAGCGUUUGUAUAGGUAGAUGGCAUUUCUCCAGGUUCUCUGUGUGACCCUUUCUCGGUUUGCUGUUCGCACCCUUACAUGCUUUACAUCCUGGUGGAACAUCUACCCUGAGAGGGGCUGUUGGGGAUCAUAUGUGCGGUUAAUAUGGGGGGGGGUCAUUUGGAAACGAUCAAUAUUUGACUUGAAGUCUCUUGAGCCCUGCCCAGCUAUUGAGAUGUAUUUGGCCACAUUCUGUGACGUGUGGCAGGCAGACAUCUGUCCCUUUACAUCCCACCAUUUAAGAUCUUCCUGUGAACGAGGAGGUGAUGCGUCACCAGCAGCCAAUGCCACCGAAUCCCAAAGUGACAACAUUCACCAGUGGAAACCAGAAUUGUAUUUCAAAAUUCAACUUUCCUGACUUUUCCAUCCUUUUAAGUGAUCUCAAUCCACGGAAUUUGUCUCUAUGUUCUGGAAGUGUGUCAACAUUGCUGGAUACUUUGCCUUUCAGAAGGGAAACAUGGACAAUAGAUGAUUGUGUCUUAUUUUUUUAAACUCAGUCUGGAUCUACAGAUUUGAAGAUUUAUGAGGUGAGCUUUGGUUUACAGAGCAAGGUAGAGGUAAAAGUUAGAACACUCAGGUUUUGAUGUGAUGCCUACAUCACCGCCGACACUUUUCUAAAGCCAAUGAACAUUUCAAACAAUAAAAGGAAAUGAAAGUAAAUAUCAGAACUAACAAAACAGAACUAUUCUGUAUUUUUUCAAUGAGAAAAAGCCAUAGAAAAGCUUAGUAACAUGUAUACGUGGGAGAGCACCAGCAUACUGGAGAAACUUGCCUCCGUGAUUUCAGAUGCCACCUCAAAGAGCUAAGUUGGAAGAACAAAAACAGUUUCAAUGGUAAGCAUUCUUUAAACGUUAAGCGAGGCAGAAACUUUGCUAGCAUCGCACCAGGUAUACAAAAAUUAUCAAUAAAAAAAUAUACAAAAAUGCUAAAGAGGAGGGCUACGAUUUCUAGGCUCUGUGCUAAGGGAAAUAAUGCCAGUUAGCGUUGCAGAAGGUAUUCUAGGAGCUGCAGAUCACAGGGUACCCCCGGGGCAGGGGAUUUAGGAAUUCCAGGCAAAAGAAUGGGCAAAGGAGUGAGGCAAGCAGCUACAAAAGAUCACAAGCAGUGGAGAAACUGCACCUGCCACCUGCCUCAAGCAGGACAGUGGAGCAGGGCAGUGGCGCAGACAGAUGGAGCCAAUAGACGCAGCAGGCCUUGGAGCACCGCUCAGCUCUGCUGGGGUGCCCCCCCCCCAUGGGAGCCCCUGGAAUGGGAGCCCCCGGGGGUUUCAGGUACAGGUCAGUUUUCACUUAGGAGGAUCCCAUUGUGGUGCAGGUGGGCAGAGUGCACUCAGCUCUGCACUGCGGCAGGCAGGGUACAUUUUAUUAAAAGUAUGUUUGUCUGUACGUGUAUCUAUAUUUCUGUAUUGUCAUGUGUGUGGUUUUAUUUCAAAUACCAUCACGAUUCAUUAAAAGCCCAUUGUUUUUGAGUGGCAAUAUUGAUAAAGAAAACUUUGAGGUCCCACUGCCUAGGGAACGCACUUUAUACCGUUGCUGUUCCAGACCCUCACCAGCGUCGGGUGUUUGGGUGUUAAAAGUUGAUUUAGUCCAGCCCACCUGAUGGAUACAAAAAGCUACUGUUUCCAACUGCAUUUCUUUGACUACUAUUGAUGUUGAAUUUUUCCCGUAUUUCUUGGUCUUUGAUAAAUCUUCUUUGACUGUAUAUAUCAAGUCAUUUGCUUAGAUUCCUCCUGGGAUGUUCUUUUUCUUAAUCUAUAUAUAAGGAGAGCCUUGAGUUUACAUUUGUUGGAAAUAGUUCUUGGGUGGUUUUGGGUUCUAUGCUAUACUUCAAAGUUCACAGAAACGAAUUUCCAAAGCCACCUAGGAGUCUUGUGUGAGAGCCAGCAGGGACUCCGGUGAAUGUUAAUGCAGGGUUCCUGCACUGGUCAGAAGUAGAACAUUCCUAAUACAGUAACUUAUUUGGGGGGAUCUGGGAAUGCUCAAGAUUAUUUCCACAUGUCAAGGCGUUUCAUUCACAGUCUUCCUGUAGAUUAAGAUCUGAAAUCAGGAGCUAGGUGGAGAAAUAAGGCCCAAAGGUCUUGUGAAAAUAUAGAGAUUAUUCGAAACUGUUCUGAGAGCUCACCCCAUGGUCCCCCAGCAUACCCCACCCCCCUUACUCCCAAGACAGGCCGCAGUGGUUCUGGGAAAUGGGUCUUUGCUGGUCCAGAUGGUCCAAGCAGGUUGUCUCCCACUCAGAAAUACCUGCCUGAAUGAAGAUACAGAAAAGCCAAGACAGCUUGGAAAUCAGCUAGGAAAUCUUCUGGAACAAUCAGGAACACUUUACUCUUUGCAAAAAAACAAAAAAGCAAAAAAAAAUUUCUACCAUGGUCCUGAUUGCAGAUCUUAAUCUACAGGAAGACUGUGAAUGAAACGCCUUGAUAUGUGGAAAUAAUCUUGAGCCCCCAAAUAAGUUACAGUUUUUUUUCUCAGAGACGAUCAGGUUAGGCUGGGCUGUUCCAGGUGCAGCAUUACUUGUAUGUCUCUUGAUCAUUUUCUGCAAAGCGCAAUACAGCGGAGGAAAACCGCAACCUGUUCUUUACGGACCUGCAGGACCGGGGUUGGGAGGAGACUUGUCAGCAUCUGUAGUUUGUGAUAGCAGUUCCACCUGAGGCCACAAGACUCUCCCACCUCACUCAGGAGAGGAGAGGUGGGGGUUUGGGGGGCGGAAAGAUGAUUGGAAAGGCGCCAAUGUUUCCAUCCACGGUUUCUCGGUAUCUUGGGUGUGUCCUUUCACCAUCCAGCCUAAAGGGAGCUGCCUCUUGCUCACAUCUAUAGACUGGCUCAGAUUCAGAGGCUAAUUCCACCUCUGGGUUGCCAUCUUCUCUCGCAGUCCGAAGCUUCUUGAGCUUUGAAUGCCAGUCGAUUUCCUGAGCACCUGCCAGUUGCUGGAGGGCCUCCAGGUACCAGCUGGGCCUCUGCUGGCACUGGGAGGCAGCCUCCUCCACGGGCCUCACAUGGUGGUCCUGGUGGUCUGGCCAGUGAACAC